ACGUCCGCGUGUGUGUGUGUGUGUGUGUGUGUUUGCUUGCAGAGGGAGGGCAGCCGUGGCUCAAGGUGUCAGAAGGGAGGGUGGUUUAAAUUUAACCGCAACAGGGCUGAUAUCUGCAUGGCAGGUCGUGUCUCUCUCCCCCUCUGCUCUCUCUUUCUCACACAUACAGUCUGUCUUCAGCCACAGACAUCACCACCACCACCAUCAUCAUCAUCAUCAUCAUCAUCAUCACCACACUCACACACAGCAGCUCUCUCAGUCAGUCAGGACACGCUCCUCUUCCUCCUCUCCCCGUCGUCUCCCACCUAUCAGACCACCUGGAUUGUACGAGAGGCCAGCUGAGGACGCGACAGAGGAGAGAAAAGGGACGCAGCCGAGCAAAGCAAACAUUCACACUGAGGAUAACGCUUCGAUCUGAGCCGGCAGGCUGAAGGCACACAGCCAGUGGCACUGCAGAGGCACAACAGCACAGUCGACUAAAGCGUCGCCGCAAGAGGUUGAGGAACAUGCGAUCCCGCAGCAACAGUCUGGAGGACGUAACCAAGGUCAAGCAGGGGCAGCAGCAGCAGGCGGACGCACGCAAGCGAUCUGCAGAGCGAGAGGAGCCUUCGGGAAGGGCUGAGCGCCGCAGCCGACACCGGGAGCCGCCGGACGACACCGGCACCAUUCAGAGGAAUCACAACGUGGCCAGGAACAGCACCUGUGCUGGUGGGAGUGGGAACGGGAGUGGGAGCACCAGCACCAGCACCAGCACCAGCGGCGCUGCAAAGGCGGGUCGGAGGGAGAAAGGCAGGGACCUUUCCAGAGAUGACCUCGUCUUUCUGCUGAGCCUGCUCGAGGGAGAGCUGCAGGCCAGAGAUGAAGUGAUCACAGUGCUGAAGGCAGAAAAACUUGAUCUGGCCCUGCUGGAGGCCAAAUAUGGUUUCGUCACACCACAGAAAGUCCUGCAGGCUCUGCAGAGAGACGCCAUCCAGGGCAAGGCCGAGGUCUUACAGGAGGACAUCUACGAGAAGCCGAUGGAAGAGCUGGACAAGUUAGUGGAGAAGCAGAGGGAGACGCACCGGCGGAUGCUGGAGCAGCUGUUGAUGGUGGAGCAGUCGCACAAACAGGCCCUGUACAAGCUGGAGGACGAGAAGAGGAACCACGGCGAGUUCAUGAAGAAGAGCGACGAGUUCACCAACCUGCUGGAGCAGGACCGCGAGAGGUUGAAGUUGCUAAUUGAUCAAGAAAAGGCCUACCAGGAGAGAAAGGACGAAGAGAACAACAAAAAAGUCACAAGCCUGAAAGAGGAGCUGACGAAACUCAAGUCGUUUGCGUUGAUGGUCGUGGAUGAACAGCAGCGUCUCACCGAGCAGCUGAAACAACAAACAGCUAAGAUCCAAGAACUCAGUGCCAGCGCUUCACAAGCCCAGGAGGAGCUGAGCUCAGCUAAUGCCCGUCUGCAGGAAGAGGAGCAAAAGGUCUUUCGCUUGGAGGCUGAGCUGCGUGACCAAACCGGUCGAUACCAUCAGGAGCAAGACGCCAUGACUGCCAAACUGACCAGCGAGGAUGCCCAAAACAGGCAGCUGCGCCAGAAGCUGUCAGCCCUCAGCAGACAGCUCGAUGAGCUGGAGGAGACCAACAAGACCCUGCGGAGAGCCGAGGAGGAGCUGCAGGAGCUGAGAGACAAAAUUAGCCGCGGUGAGUGUGGAAACUCUAGCCUCAUGUCUGAGCUUGAAGAGUUACGGAAAAGGGUACUUGAAAUGGAGGGAAAGGACGAAGAGUUGAUCAGGAUGGAGGACCACUGCAGGGACCUCAAUAAGAAACUGGAGAAAGAGGCCAAUCAGAGCCGGAGCCUGAAGGCCGAAGUCGAUAAACUGAACCACAGGAUUAUGGAUUUGGAGAAAUUAGAGGAUGCGUUCAGCAAGAGCAAACAAGAAUGUGGCUCGCUCAAAAAUAACCUGGAGAAGGAGAGGACGGUGUCAAAGGUUCUGACCAGUGAGCUGGAGGUCUUGAAGGUCAGGGUCAAAGAACUGGAGGCUGCUGAGAGCCAACUGGGGAAGACAGAGUUGACACUGAAGGAAGAUCUAACCAAGCUAAAGACUCUGACAGUCAUGCUGGUGGAUGAGAGGAAAGCAAUGGCGGAGAAGCUAAAGCAAAUGGAGAACAAGGUCCAGAACAGCACUGGCAAGCUUCAGGCUGAGCAGGACAAAGUCACAUCAGUCACAGAGAAGCUAAUUGAGGAGAGCAAGAAAGCACUGAGGUCAAAGGCCGAGCUGGAGGAGAAAAUGUGCAAUGCUACGAAGGAAAGGGAUGACCUGAAGGCCAAGCUGAGGGACGAGGAGGAACGGAGCAACGAUUUGGAGUCUAAGAUCAACAUGAUGAAGAAAAGGUUGCAAUCUCUAGAGACCAUAGAAAGAGAACACCUGAGGAGCAAGGCCAAAGAGGAGCACAUUACAGCACCCAUCGCUAACCGCUUCCAACAAGAGGACAACAAAGUCAAGGAUCUGACGCAGGAGGUGGAGCGCCUCAGACGCAAAUUAAAGGACAUGAAGGUGGUGGAAGGUGAGCCCCUGAAAACAGAGGAGUUUGAAUCACUGGAGAAAAGAUUCAACAAUGAACAAGAGAAAGCUAAAGCCUUGAUGGAGGAGCUGGAAAUAUCCAGAAAGGAACUUUCCAAGUACCAGCUGGCUGAAAAGAAAGAGUGCAACCAGGAGCAUGUUCUUUAUAAACGCCUGAAGGAGGAGGAGGCAAAGUCUAGUCAUCUGACCAGAGAGGUGGCAGCUCUGAAAGAAAAGAUCCAUGAAUACAUGGGAACAGAGGAGUCCAUCUGCCGUGUGAAAACUGACCACUCUACACUGCAAAGAAAGCUGACCCAGCAGGAGGUCAGAAACAAAGAGCUGGCCCGAGAAAUGGAGACACUCACCAGAGAGCUUGAGAGAUACAGACGCUUUAGCAAAAGUCUUCGCCCUGGCAUGAACGGACGGCGCUUUUCAGACCUUCAUGUUUCCACCAAGGAGGUUCAGACAGAGCCGCUUGACCUCAUGUCUCCAAACUGUAAGACGAUGGCGCCGCUGGAACGCGCCGUGGUGAACGGGAAGCUGUACGACGAGAGCGAGCCUGAAGAUAACGCAAAUUACAGCAACGAGCUUCAGCUCACCAAAUGCAGCCCCUCGCUCAUCAAUAACGUGAACAAUCUGAACAACAUGAGGAGAGCGCGAGUGCCGUUCCUUAAAAACAAAGACACCCCUCAUCAGGUGAACGGUAAAGUGCAAGCACGGCAGAACGGCAACCACGUUCAGCCCGGAGAUGUUGUGUUGACCCACAGUCCAGGGCAGCCUCUGCAUAUUAAAGUGACUCCUGACCACGGACAUAACACAGCAACGCUAGAGAUCACCAGCCCGACCACAGAAAACACCCAGUCAUUCACAAGCACUGCCGUCAUACCCACAAGCGGGGGUCCACCCAAACAGAGAAUUACCAUCAUCCAGAACGCUUCAAUAUCCCCGACUGCAAAAUCCAUUUCCCCAACGACAAAAUCCAAAGGUUCCCCGAUAUCUGAUGAGCCGUGUUCACCGGACAGAGCCCUGUCACCUUUCACUAUGGCCACAUACUCGAGAGCAAUGACUCCUGACUCUUGUGGCUCUGUAACACCAGACAGAGCCAUGUCCCCUAUACAAAUUGUGUCCGUCACGACAGGGACCCCUGACCGCUCCCUCUCCACGGAGCCGGUGGAGAUCGUCGGAGGGCACGCCGUCUUCCGCGUGACCCCGGAAAGGCAAACCAACUGGCAGGUCCAGAGGUCUAACAGCUCUGGGCCCAACGUCAUCACCACAGAGGACAACAAAAUCCACAUUCACUUAGGGAGCCCCUUCAUUCAGAGCAUCAGCACUCCGACGCAAACGCUGAGUCCGUGCCACACGCCUGGACUCCAGGAGCAAAGGACGCAGGUGCUUGCAAACUGCAGCACUCCCACUGCCAAAGGCAACAGCAAAAUCACAAGUAGCAUCAUGAUUAAGCCCACCUCCACCCCAAUCCAAAGGCCAUCACAGAUUACAAUACCUCUAGAAGCAUUCCGGCGACCAGGACCGACGAGGAUCCCCAAACCGAAAGGCUACAGCUCCCAGAAGGGGACGGCGGUGGCGGCGUCCACCGUGGGACUGCAGAACAAGUCGAGCCAUCAGGCCACGGGGAAAGAUCAGCAGCCCAACAACAACAACAACCCACAUCUAGUGAACCGCAGACUGUGACGGCUCGUCUCUUUCAACCUUUUGCUCAGAAGGUUUUAUUUGUCUUCUAUCAGCUCGUCGUACAUCCUCACGGUUACUUCAGAUAUUAGAUGUAAUAUAAGUAAAGCUCAGUCUCGUACUUCACACACACUGUAUGACGUGUAAAUAAAGAAAAACACAUUUCAUGUGAUCAUCCUAACACUAGAAUAUUAAACAUGAAAGAAAGUGAAUGUUUUGGAUAUUUUUUAAAAACAAAGUGGCAAUAAUGUACAUAAGUGUAAAAGUGACGUGUUGUAACGAAGCUCCUUGAUAGUGAUGAUCUUUAAAAUGUGACGUGUUAUUUUUGGUUAUCAAUAAAGACUUUUUAUACCUGGAACAACA